AUGAUUAUAAGCAUCGCUCUGAUCUGGGCUGUAGUGGUGGGAUUCUGCUGCCUUUUAUGGCUUGCUGUGGGGAUACGACGCAGGCGACCUGGUGAACCUGCAGUUGAGAAUGGCUUCAUCCCAUACCUGGGCUGUGCUCUGCAGUUUGGGGCCAACCCUCUCCAGUUCCUCCGCAGCCGCCAAAACAAAUACGGCCAUAUUUUCACCUGCAAGAUCGCAGGCCAGUACAUCCACUUCCUGUGUGACCCCUUCUCUUACCAUUCAGUCAUCAGACAGGGGAGACACCUUGAUUGGAGAAAGUUUCACUUUGCUACAUCAGUCAAGGCUUUUGGCCAUGACAGCUUCGACCCUCGCCAUGGCCACACCACAGAGAACCUCCACCAAACAUUUCUGAAGACGCUGCAGGGUGAGGCCCUGCCCUCCCUGAUAGAGACAAUGAUGGGCCACCUCCAGGAUGUCAUGCUGAGAUCGGAUACACUUAGCCCCAGCAAGGACGACUGGGAGGUGGAUGGCAUCUUUGCUUUCUGUUACAAGGUGAUGUUUGAGUCUGGCUACCUGACACUGUUUGGUAAAGACCUAGGUGAAGAUAAGUGUCAGGCCCGGCAGGAGGCUCAGAAAGCCUUGGUGCUAAAUGCUUUGGAAAACUUUAAAGAAUUUGACAAGAUCUUCCCAGCAUUGGUGGCUGGCCUGCCCAUCCAUGUCUUCAAGAGUGGCUACAGUGCCCGCGAGAACCUUGCAAAAACCAUGAAUCCUGAAAACUUGUCCAAGAGGAAGAACGUUUCAGAUCUAAUCGCUAUGAGGAUGAUCCUGAAUGAUUCCUUAUCUACCUUCAAUGACCUGAGCAAGGCCAGGACCCAUGUCGCUCUGCUCUGGGCUUCACAGGCUAACACCCUACCUGCUACCUUCUGGAGUCUCUUGUAUAUGAUCAGGAGUCCAGAUGCUAUGAAAGCAGCUCGUGAGGAGGUGCAGAAAGUACUGGAGGACGCAGGUCUGACGGCUGACCCCAACAACCCCACACUGAGCUUCACCAGGGAGCAGCUGGACAACAUGCCUGUUCUAGAUAGCAUCAUAAAAGAAGCCAUGCGUCUUUCCAGUGCUUCCAUGAAUGUGCGUGUUGCCAAAGAGGACUUCUUGCUACACCUUGACAACCAAGAAGUGUACCGUAUAAGAAAAGAUGAUGUCAUUGCCCUAUAUCCACCCAUGUUGCACUAUGAUCAAGAAAUCUAUGAAGAUCCCUAUGAAUACAAGUUCGACCGUUUCCUUGAUGACAAGGGUCAGGAGAAAACCACUUUCUACCGCAAUGGCCGGCGACUGCGUUACUUCUAUAUGCCUUUCGGCUCAGGGGUCACCAAAUGCCCUGGCAGAUUUUUUGCUGUGUAUGAGAUAAAGCAGUUCCUUACCCUGGUGCUGUCCUACUUUGACAUGGAACUAUUGGACCCUGCUAUUAAAGUUCCACCUCUCGACCAGUCCCGUGCUGGUCUGGGAAUCCUCCAGCCUACCUACGAUGUGGACUUCAGAUACAAGUUAAAAUCGGACUACUAGGCUUUGUUGUCAAGCAGAGUGAACUACUGUACAUAGUGUAUAUUUUGGAGCUGCUUUGUUGUAUGUGUAAAUAGACCGAAUUUUAUGUGUUGCUUUAAUUUGCUGCUAAAACAUUUAAUCUGCAUUAAUAUAGGCAUAUAUCUUCCUACAAGCCUUCUCUUUACUGCCAGGACUAAUGUAAACUGCCCUCAAAAAUGUCAAAAAAAAGCACAAUACACAUGUCCCCAGUGUCCUCAUUGGUAGUCUUUAAAAGAUCAUUGUUAUUUCAAAAUGAAGUUAAAAGUACAAAAUGCCUAAUAUCAAACCUUGGACAAACAAGAUAUCCAUCUUAAAAUGUAAUGUUCCAAGACUAGUUCUUUUGUAAUGUCAAGUAUACAUGACUUGUAGUGAAUUGACUGAACAUGGGAUAACACUGGUUUGCCCCUUUAAGCUUGAGAGCCUCUGGAGGUUCCUGUUUCUGCAGCGAAUCAAGUUCUUUUUAUAUUUGUCACACAGAAUGUUGAAAAAUCUGGGUGUCAUUUCACAAUAGCUCAUUUUUUUCUCCUGGGUGAAAUUGCUGAGUAAUAAAUGCACAAUUGUUAUCAGAAUCUCUUUCCGACUUAACCUUGUAGCUGAAGAUACAGUUUUCAUCAACCUUGGACAUUGUUCGUUUAGGCUGUCUCAUGCUCCAACACUGCUGUCACUUAGGACAUGCCUGAUUGCUGGUUUGAUUGUGUAUAUCUACCCUGUCAGUAUUGUUAGAUAAUUCAGGUACAUGAAAGAAACAAAGGACUGGACACGGACAUCAGAAUGAAGCCAUACUUUGACUGCAUUGAGGAUAUACACUUAAAGGUGUUACUGUUUUCAAUGGAACUCCCCCAACUCCACAUUAAUAUUUAGAGGCAUUCACCUUCCAUAUUACCAGUUUAAAAGUGGUGAAACUGAAAUUGGGGACAGGAUACCACUGUAAACAUACACAGCUUUUUUAUUUUUUCCAUUGACAAGCUAAGUCUUUUCAUGGUUGGACAGUGCAAUCCACGUACUGUAUAUAUGUUGACAUGUACAUACUGUGCAAAUGGGUAAUAAAUCAAUACAUUUGUA